AUGGAUGAUUUUAUGGAUAAUAAAGGUAAUAAAAAUAUUGCAAUUUCACAAUUAACUGAAUUACAAGAACUAUGGAUUGUUGAAUGUGGUAUUAAGGAGAUACCAUCUUUUAAAGAAAAUUGUUUAUUAAAAAAACUUUAUCUAUAUUCCAAUGAAAUAUCUUAUAUACCAAAUUUAGAAACUUGUUCUCAUUUGAAUAUUUUACAUCUAUCAGGAAACAAUAUACAAAAACUUGAGAAUUUAGAUACAUUAACGUGGUUACAAGAGCUUAAUUUAGCUAAUAAUAAAUUGGAAAGAAUAAAUAAAAUAUCCUGGAGAAAAUCUGAAUUAUGUAAUUUAAAUCUAUCAGGAAAUCCUUUAUGCAUUAUAAAAGACAUAAAAUAUUUGGCACAAUUGCAAAAAUUAGAUUCAUUAGUAUUUGCAGAUCCAUUAUAUGGAAAUUGUCCUUUGAUUUUGCAACAACAAUUGUUAAUUAAUAUAAAUUAUUGUGGGAAUAUAAAUUUUGUUGAAUAUAAUACUGCUUCAGAAAACACAGUUAUUCAAUUAUGUAAACAAUUUUUACAAGCAUCAUUGUGUUCAGUUAUAAAAAAUGGCAUAGGUAUAACAGAUUUAAGAUUGCAUAAGGUAACAAAAAUAAGUAGUAAAGAAAUUGAUUUGUUAAAUAUUACUAAAAAUAAAAGUUUACAAUCAGAUGAAUGCAAUAUGAUUUUAAGAAUUUUAGCUAUACCCGGAAUAACAGAUAUUCAAAAAUGGCCUUUUAGCUUUCUUCAAAAUGACUUAUUUAGUAAAGAAGAAAUAACAGUAACUAAUUGUUUGGCAGCAGCAGAUUGUAAUUGGUUAAAUAAAGUAUUUCCUAAAAAGAAAAAUAAUAAUGCUCUAAGUCUUUACAAUAUUUAUGAAAGAAGUCGUGUUUGUGUGCUCAUACAAACACCAAUUUCUAAUUCUAUUGAAAAGUAA